AUGGCCAAAAAGCAGCGAAUAAUUGCGAGCCUUCUUCUGUGCCUAGGGAUAUUUUUUAUUCUUUGUGGUGCUAUUUUGCCUAUCAUAUUGUAUUCUCUCAUAGAGGAUCAAGUAAACGAAGGAGUCAAAUUAACUGACAGAAGCAAAUGGAAACUAUGAGGAGAACUUCCAGGAACUUUAGAUGUCAUAAUGCUUCACGAGUAUCACUUUUUUAACGUUGAAAAUCCUGAUGAAGUGCUUUAUUCAGGAGCAGUGCCUAUAAUUACUGACUCCCUCAUUUUAAAUUGGAACAAAAAAUUUUGUUCCAAUUUAAAGGGGGGUUAAGAAUAUAGGAAUUGCCCGAGGAUGGCGCUAUCUUGCGCCAUCCUCGGGCAAUUGCUAUAUUUUUUUAUAAAAAAAUAUCAAGAUAAAAUUUUUUAUAAAAAAAUAUCAAGAUAAAAUUUUUGAUAAGAAAAAAAAUUUAUGUAAAAUUUAAAAAAAAAAAAUUCAAAAAAUAUUCUUUAUCCUUUAAAACAAAGCAAGAUUUGACUAAAUUUUUAUUAUUAGUUAAUAAGCCACUAUUAAUUGCAUCAAAACUAUUUACACAAAAAAUUAUUGUUUUUAUUGAUAAAAAUAAUUUUUUUUAGAAAAUUUAUUGAUCGAAGUCCUAAUUUUGUUUAAAUAAGAUGUUAUUUAUACUCUAUUCUUUAAAAUAAAGCAAAAAAUAAGUAAUUUUCAAUUUUUGUAAAGAAUUCGCGUUGGAUUUAUAUCAAAUUUAUUUAAAUAAAAAAUAUUAAUUUGUUUUUAAAAAUUUAGCAAUUAAAGAUAAUAAAUUUAUUUAAAUAAGAUGCUCUUUAUACUCUUUUCUUUAAACAAGAGCAAGAUAUAACUAAAUUUUUAAUUUUAGUUAAGAAGAAACAUUUAACUUAUAUCAAAAAACUUUUUACAUAAAAAUUAUUUUUAUCUAUAAAAUUUUUUAUUAUAAAAUUGAAUUUUGUUUCAAUUUAAAGGGGGAUUAAUUUACCCAAAAUGGAAAUUGUACCUAUAUUUUGCUCCAAUUUAAACGGGGGAGUGAGGAAAAACGGGUAUAUUUAUCAAGAAUUAGACACAUGGCUUGAUAUAGAAUAUUCAGAUAAUGAUGGGACCGAUAAAUCGUGGGUGCAUUUCUUCAACUAUUGCAGACUAGACCUUACUGAUCACUGUGUAUGAAGAAACAACACCCACCCUUCAGAUAAAAUCAUGCAGAUUAGUGCUGGCUCUUUUGGUGCUUGGGAUACAAUGAAGCACAGCUCUGCUCAAGUUCUUGUACUUCCUGUUCUUUACAACGUAAUUUUAGGCUUCAAUGGUGCUUUAGCAUUAGCAGCCUACUCACAAGGAGUCGCUACAUUUAUCCCAAAUUAUAAUUUAGCAAAAAUCCUUAUUUAUGAUGAAGCAAAAAUUGACGAAGAAUUAGGACAAUCUUUAUUCAAUGAUGCCAGGUUUGGGAUGGGAAAAUGGCAAACGCUACAAGUUUGGGUCUCUGCGCUACAAGAAAACACAGAAAAUGGGGAGUUUGUGAAACCUAUCCCGCUAGCAGGGUCUCUCUAUGUACUUCAACAAUAUUUUGGGCUGACUGAUGAACAAAUAAAUUCCAUUUUCAAUGGAAAUUUCAAGAUAAUUUAUGAUACGAAUUUAUUGAUUCUACUAAAUAGCUAUGGUUGCGAAGGGAAUUCUGAAUGUGACCCUGCCUAUUUAGGAGCUCUUCAAUGGUCACAGUCUUUAGUUACCAAUGAACCGCCAGCAGGAAAACCUUCUCAAGGUCUUUCUAUAGUAAGCUCUAAUAGCUCUUUAUAUGGAUAUCCAGAAAUCAACUAUUUUAUAAGCGCAACUAGCAUUGGGAGCAAAUAUCCUAAUGUUUCGUUCACAGUUGAGGACUAUUUUAGUCUUUUUUAUUAUGAUAGAGUCACAGGAUGGCCUAAAUGGAGCAAUUAUACCUUACUAGACGUAGGGCAUAUGAACCACUUUUGGGAGCUAGGCCAAGCUGGGAAUUUUAAUCAAAUUGCUCAUGAUUUUAAUUUGGCGUCAGCUGACCAUGCUAGGGUGCUAUGGGAUUAUAUCAAUGCUCUUUUUUCUUAUACUGGGCUGCAAGGAUGCAUUGACCAGAAUAUUUAUAAUAAAGACAACAGAGGGAUUGCAAGCGAAAUCAGCUUAGGAAAUAUAGGAAGUCAAGGUAUCUAUAGUAAUUUACUAUAGCGCUUUCCCGAGGAUGGCGCGAAUGGCGCCAUCCUCGGGAAAGCCAGGAAGGCAUCCACACGGGAACUGGGAGUUCCACGUGUGGAUGCCAUUUUUGACAUGUGGGAUCCAAAACUUCCACAUGUCAAAAUGGCAUCCACACGUGGAACUCCCAGUUCCCGUGUGGAUGCUUAGUUGACUUUCCCGAGGAUGGCGCCAUUCCGCGCCAUCCUCGGGAAAGCGCUAUAUAAUAAAAUACAUUUUUUUUUAAAAAAAAAAUAUAAAUUUAAGAAUGAUAUUUAGGUAUAUCAAAUCUGAAUGAGCCUCGCAGAUGCUUUACCGAUCACAAUAUCUUCAAUUUAUAACUAUUUACGGUUAGAAUUCCAGCUUAAUCAGACAUGUGAAGGAAUAGUUGAAGAAAGUCUUCCAAACUCAGGCUAUAUCUGCAAUAUCCCAGACCUAAAAUGGGGAAAUGACACAGAAACAAUGAUUCCUUGGAUUUUAACCUAUUGAAAUGGAAUUUAUUCAGAUUAUGGUUUAGAAUUCCAAAACCUCACAAGACUAUCUGACGAAGAUAUGGAAACUUUAUUUGUAAACUCCCCAUUGACUAACUAUUUUUCUUUAUUUGAUAAUGAGCUGAAAGCUCAUUAUGGCUGCAUGAACGCUGGCCAGAGGUGUUUUGACUGGGAUUUAGCUGCCAAACAAUGGGGAAGAGCUUAUGUCACUGAAAAUUUACCAGAAAUUUUCAAAAUUUUUGGAAUUGAGAAUACGACGUCAAUUUAUUAUUUAUCGAAAAAAUUCCAAACGCUAAUGCCAGCUCCUCCUGAGUAUUAUGCCUAUUUAAAAAAUUUUAAUAUAAGUCAAGAAGGGCUUACAGAUGAACAAAUUAAUAAUGCUUUAACCUUUGACAGGCUUCUUGGAAGCUCUCCUCUUCAGAAUUUUUUUAUUUUAUAAAAUUUUAUUGAAUUAAGGACGAAUAAUUUAUUAAUAAUUUUUUAUUUUUUAAAAAAAUCAAUUAUAACUAAAAUUAAAUAAUUUUUUAUUAUUUAUAUAUAGAAUAGAUUUCCAAGGAAAUUACAGUCAAAUGUCUGAAGACUAUAUGAUGGAAAAUCCAUUAGAUUUAAUAAAUUAUGUCAGAUUUGCAAUAGACAAAUUUGUAUUUGGCGGCAUGUUCAGAGAAAAAACAGUUGAGCAGCUACUAUGGACUGAUUAUGAUCCUUUUCUUGCCAAAAUCCAACAAACGAACCCUUUGCUAGGAGGAAUGCCUGCAAUUAACCCAACCCAAAUUCAGCUCGGCCAAAAUCAAACCCGAGAAAUGUAUGAAUAUAUUCCUAAACAAUUCAGACAUGCCCUAAAUACAGGUGCCAAAGAUCUAGACGAGGUAAGAUUUUACCGCUUAUAUAACGGUGUGAAUUAUAUAAGCCUUCUUCAACCUUAUUAUUUUGGAGAAAGUCCAUGGGGAUCUGUAAUAGACUGGGCUAAUAUUAAUCCUUGGGCUGAGUUAGUGCCGAUAAGCGGCAGUGAUUCAUGGAAUUUCCAGCCUUGGCUCACUGAGGAUUCUGAAAUAAAAUUUUAUUUGUAUCAGGCCUCGCUAGUAUUGGAAGGAGAAUAUGUAGGGAAAAGUGAUUAUAGAGGCUUUGAUUGUUUGAAGUACAGAAUUAGCCCGAAUAAUUUGAAAAAUGCUACACAGAUGCCAUCACAGGCAAGAUUUUAUGGUUAAAAUGAAAUUAUUUAUUAAUUUUGGCAUGAAAGAAAAAAAAAUUAUUUUUUUACCUGGAAAAUUCUGAAGUGUGAAAAUAAUUAAGCUAAUGUUCUAUAUCAAUUCGGGCCUGAAGGACUUUUUAAUAUAUCAAGUGUGAUGGGAGGGCCAAUAUUUGGAAGCAAGCCUUAUUUCCUUGGAGCUGACCCAGUACUUAAUAAUCUUGUUCAGUAUACAAGGCCGGAAUUAAAUUAUCCAAAAGAAUAUGAAUCAUAUUUAUACCAAAAUUCAUUAAAAUAAUUUUUUUUAAAAUUUAUCAUAUAUAUUUCAAUUUUAAGUAAAUUUGCUCCUGCUAUCAUUUUUCCUAUGUCAAACUUAAUCUUAUACAAUAUAAAUCUAGAACCUUAUACAGGCAGCGUUUUUUAUGUCACUGAGCAGCUUAUGUUCAGCUCAGAGCUCAAACCUGACGCUUUGUACCCAAAUCUUGGAAAAAUGAGCAUGGACAACACUGGAUACCGCACCUAUCUCCCUCUAUUUUUCCUAGUAAGAACUGAAGAAUUCGACCAAAGCACUGUUGAUAAACAAUUUGGGGCUUUAAAAACUGGCUUUUUAGUGAUGAAAAUAAUCCAAAUUCUUGGAUAUUCCCUUGGAAGCAUUUUUAUAGUAGCAUUUGGGCUUUAUUUAUUAAGGCUAAGAAUUACAGCAAAAAGAGCUGCAAAAGGGUUGUUAACAGAGAAUUCAGAAGAUUCAGGAAAUAGCUUAUAUAGAGGGCUUAAUUAA